AAUCCGACUAAUCCGCGACCGAGUUCCAAAAAUCCAAACCCAAACCUCCAACGCCCGUCGCUGUCGGCAACCUGUACUACGGACUACAACUCUGUAUUAUACUAUAUCGGUACAUUAUAAUAUUAUAUUGCAAUAUUAACUAUUAAUUUCGAAUCGCGGCGCUAGGUGCGGUGUGAACCCGUCUUGAAUUUUCGUUUUCCAUUUCCAUUUUCCACGCUGUUGCUUGUUAAUCGUGUUCUACGAUUGCAUUAUUUACAUUGGGUGCAGGCUCGACUUGUAACUUGUGGUCGGUAAUCAUUUUGUUUAUUCGUCCGCUCAUUCGCUGUUAGGCACCGAGUACUUACUGCUGUCAGCUAGUUCCUCUAAACGAUAAGCGUCUAUAGUACAACUACCUACAACCGGUAAUCAUCAAUCCGAUUAUCGAAGUUUCAUUCCGGCGCCAUUUCGAGGGUCUCAAUUUAACUACAACAAAUUAUACAAUAAUUCUUCUUUGCGUAUAUCCGUCUGUGUGAUAGUUCGUACAAUGAGUGUAUCGGGGGAAAAUGCUGUAGAAGUUGAAGAACCGGAACAGUUCAGGAAAUUAUUCAUUGGUGGACUUAACUAUACAACUACAAAUGAUUCAUUAAAAGAAUUUUUCGAAAAGUGGGGCGAUAUUGUUGAUGUAGUCGUUAUGAAAGAUCCUGUGACAAAAAGAUCACGAGGAUUUGGUUUUAUUACAUAUUCAAAAGCUUCAAUGGUAGAUGAUGCUAUGUCCAAUAGACCGCAUAAAAUUGAUGGUCGUGAAGUAGAAACAAAACGUGCUGUACCUCGUGAUGACAUAGACAAACCUGAUAUAGCAUGGACUGUAAAAAAAAUGUUUGUUUCUGGAAUUAAAGAACAAGCUGAAGAAGACUUAAAAGAAUAUUUUGGUCAGUAUGGAAAUAUACUUAACAUUCAAAUUAUUGCAGACAAAGAAACCGGACAACGUAAAGGUUUUGGAUUCAUUGAGUUUGAUGAUUCAGACUCAGUUGAUAAAGCUGUUUUAAUCAAAACCCAUGAAGUUUCUGGAUCUAAAUUAGAAGUUAAAAAAGCUGUCAGUAAAGAUGUAGCAUCGGCUUCUAGAGGUCGCAGAGGUGGCCGUGGUGCUAGUGGUGGAAGAGGACAAAGUUGGGGAGGACCAAAUAACUGGGGAGGUAACCAUUUUGGGGGAUAUGGCAAUGGAGGCGGUAGUGGUGGUUGGGCUCAAGGUGGUCCUCAAGGUUGGAAUAAUGUUUGGGGUAGUCAAGCUACCCAAGGAGGUUGGGGUAAUGGAGGAGGUAAUUGGGGAGGUAGUCAAAGUAGUGGAUAUGGAGGUGGACCAAUGCGAGGAAAUUUUGGUAACAACAGAGCAGUACCAUAUCAUACAGGCCGUGGAGGUAAUGGUAAUUUCCAUCAAAAUUCAAGAGGAAGGUAUUAAAAGCAGGUUGCUGAAGCGAGGCUGGUAGGAAUCAAUAACCAUCAAAUUUCUCUCCUUCAACUUUUGGGUAUUGAACUAUUCGAAUGAUGUUUUUUUCAGACAAAAAUUAUCUGCUCUUCACAUGUUGACACUUAAUGCCAUUUAUGAACCACUAUAAAGUUAUGUUAGUACAAUAUUUGUUUAUCAUAUUCAUUAUGAUUUAAAAUUUAGGUGAAAUAAGAUUAAAACAUUUUAUAUAUCUACUAUAAUAUAUAUAUAUAUAUAUAUAAAUACAUAUAUAUUUUUUUAUUUAAUUAAUUAUUGUUUUUCCAAUAUAAUUUUUAAAAUUUAAAACACUGGUUAAUUUAAAUGUAAAACGUUUUAUUUAAUGGUGAAUAAUUUUUGUGUAACUAUAUUAUUAUAUUAAUAAAAUAAAAAAUACCCAGUCUUUAUACAGGGACCAGAAUACAAUUGUUGUUGACUCAAUAUUUUUAAUAUUCACAAUACAUUUUUUUUUAGUUAAAGGAACAUUCUUAAAUGAAUGCUUAAAUAUGGUAGGCAUAAUUUCUACUAUAUUGGAACAGAUCGUAAGUAGUGUGCAUUGUUAUGUUCUAAAAUUCUGUAAAAUAUAUUAACGUCAUUAUUUCCUCGUGUGUUUUAUUAUAAUCAUGUUAAAGUGAAAUCUCUAUUUAUCAAUGUCUUUCAAUUACUGAAUCUUUUCUAAUAGAUUUUUUUAUUAAACUUUGGUUAAAUGUGAUUAUGUAGCAUCUUACUACUUUUAAUAGUGAAUUCCGUUCAAUAAUACAGUUUUUUAUCAACCAUCGUUGUGUCUUAUAGAGGUUUCACUAUCAAUAGAUGAUUAGUUAUAGAUUUUGGGUACAAGAUAUUAAAUUAGGCAUUUAAUGCAGACCAACAUAUUGAGACUCCUAUCAACAGCGUAGGACUUAGGUCCCCCGGUUCCAAGAUAGUAAGUGUCUUAGACUACUUAUAUUAUGUCUAGGCAAAUGUUCAACUAAACAGUUUUCAACAUUUCAAGAAACUAUCGAUGCAUAAUUUACAUAGUUUUGGGAUUAAACUGAUAUAAUUGAAAAAAUGACAACUUCCUGUAUUUAGUUUACAAGGUGACAAUAUGUUGAUUUCAAAAGGUGCAUAAUAUUUACUACAUAGCCAAAUGUUCAAAAUGUAUGUCAGACCCAAACAUAAAUCCAACUGUUCGAUUUUGAAGUAAGUUGUACAAUACUAAGUUUUACAUUGUAAAAUGUUAUGUUAUCAUAACUGAUUGUAAUUUAAGAAAAAAUCAGUUUGUUAUUUUGUUAAUCUGCAUUUGUAGAAGUUAACAUAAAAAUAAAUGAUUGUGUACUAAAAUUAUCUUUAUCCUAAUUCCUUAGGAAAAUUAUUUUAUAUUUUAGUAUUAUACCUAAAUGUUUAUAUUCUGUAAAUAACCUAUCAUAUUUUUUCUCAAAUUUGAUUAAGAGUUUAUGAUAUAAGAAAUUAAAUAUUUUUACAAAAAUUUAGAACAAAAUGCAAUUAAUAGGUAUGUGAGUUUUUAUGAAAGUGAAGAGAACUUAUUGUUAUAAAUAUUUAACCAAAUUUGUUGCUGCGUCUAAAUAACUACAUUAAACACUACAGUUUAUAUUACUACUAUUGUUGGUGUUAUGCAUUUAGGUUUUCUAUCUACAAUAAACAUAUUGAACUAAUAUUUUACCAUUUUACUCAAUAUAAUGUUUUAAAUUGUAUAGAAUUGAUUAUUGCACCUACAAAUACAAACACCUAUAAAUACAAAACUGCACCCAGGUUUAUAAUUAAAGUAUAUUUUAAUGCAAUAUAAGAUGAACUCUUGAAUUAUAGGUACAGUAUCAUACUUAUAUAUUAAAACUUAAAUAAUAAUCAUACUGUUAAUAAUUUUCAUUAAUUAUUAUUUUUAAUAUUUAUAUAAUAAAAGAACAAUCUUUGGAAUAAAGUUUCUCUGGUGGACGAUUCCUCCUCAAAAGUGGCACUGGAUCGAUAUUUUGAAUAAUGUGCCUAUAAUUCUGUAGUAAAUAGGUAUAAAAUAAUAUUAUUAUAGGUAUGUUUUAUACACAUGUAUAUAGUGUUAUAGUAGAUAUAAUUAUUCCUUACGGUUUGAUAAUAACAGUAAGCUGAUAGGUUCCUACUUCAAAUUAUAUUUGUUUGAAUCAAUUAUCUCGUAGGUUUUGGGGAUUUGGAUAGGUCCUAAUAUUUGCGACUACAUUUUAGAAUAUUAUUAUUUAUCGAGUAGGUACAUUUUAUGUAUAACUUGUAAAUUUAACGUAAUGUUUCAUUAAUUAUUUAUAAUUGGUAGAAAUUAAAUGAGGUUAAAGAAUUUUAACAUUAUUGUGUUUGUGUAUUUGUACAGAUGUUAUAAGUGUAUAACAGCAUAUUUACAUUAUCUUAUAAGGAACAUAAUACAUAAGUUAAAAUUAAAAUUGUAUACCUUAUCUUGAUAGGUGUUUUUAACUAUAUGUAUUUCUAGUGUUUAACUAACCUCUAGAAACUAUAGGUUUCUAUUAAAAUGGUGUAUUCAGCAGUAUUUUGAAGUAAUUAUGUAGGUAUAUAAAAAAUAUUCAUAUUAUUUUCUUAUGAAAAUUUAAGUAUUAUUUUUCCUUAUAGGUACCUAAUAAUUGUAUUAUUUAUUAUAAUAAUUAUAACAUUAAGUUAAUUGUUAUGACUUAGGAGUAACUAUCUUAGUCCAACUUGUCCAAUGAAAUAAAUAUCUAUAGACACAUAGUACCUAGGUAUCAGGUAUCUAUAUAGUUAUCUACCUGUUUAAAUAAAAAUAUUAAAAACUUAA